AGCAGUCAGACCUUUCUCUUCCCACAGGAGCUUUCCGUCCCCUGUCACCACCUGCGUUACACGGAGAGCGAGAAGGCGGCGGCAGGACUCCAUCUCCUGGCGUCGAAGGCUGAGGGGAGCAGGGUCCGGUCACUCCUGGCCUCAGGCACGCUUCCACAGGAACUGGAUAUCCCUGUGUGUGGCCUGGGCUGAUGUGGCUUUUUCCAAGUGAAAGUCCAUCACAGAAACCUGCUCCCACAUGGCAGGGACUCCGCUGGCGUCUCCUUCCUCCAUGGGGCUGUCAGGCUAAGAACCUGGUGACAGCGAAAUGAUGGCGGGACAGGACGAUGGACGACUUUUACGGGAAUGUCAGAAUUUAUGCUCAGAAUAGCCUCCAGGAUAGCUUGUUCUCCUCUGAAAAUGACAACAGCCUGUACUUCACCUACAGUGGCCAGCCUAACACCCUGGAGGUCAGAGACCUCAGCUAUCAGGUGAAAAUGUCCUCCCAGCUGUCUUGGUUUGAGCGGCUGGAUCAGUUCAAGAUGCCCUGGACAUCUCGCCACAGCCAAGAUUCCUGUGAGCUGGGCAUCCAAAACCUGAACUUCAGAGUGAGAAGUGGGCAGAUGCUGGCCAUCAUAGGGAGCUCAGGCUGUGGGAGAGCCUCGUUGCUGGAUGUCAUCACCAACCGAGGCCACGGUGGCAAGAUUAAGUCAGGCCAAAUCUGGAUAAAUGGGCAGCCCAGCACACCUCAGCUGGUGAGGAAGUGUGUGGCCCACGUGCGCCAGCAUGACCAGCUGCUCCCCAACCUGACCGUCCGAGAGACCCUGACCUUCAUUGCCCAAAUGCGCCUGCCCAGAUCCUUCUCCCAGGCCCAGCGUGACAAAAGGGUGGAGGACGUGAUCGCCGAGUUGCGGCUGCGGCAGUGUGCAGACACACGUGUGGGCAACACGUACUUGCGGGGGGUGUCGGGGGGUGAGCGGAGGAGAGUCAGCAUUGGGGUGCAGCUCCUGUGGAACCCAGGGAUCCUCAUUCUGGAUGAACCCACCUCCGGGCUCGACAGCUUCACGGCCCACAACCUGGUGAAGACCUUGUCCAGGCUGGCCAAGGGCAACAGGCUGGUGCUCCUCUCCCUGCACCAGCCCCGCUCUGACAUCUUCAGGCUGUUUGACUUGGUCCUGCUGAUGACGUCUGGCACCACCAUCUACUUGGGGGCAGCCCAGCACAUGGUCGAGUAUUUCACAGCCAUCGGCUACCCCUGUCCUCGUUACAGCAACCCUGCUGACUUCUAUGUGGACUUGACCAGCAUCGACAGGCGCAGCAGAGAGCAGGAAGUGGCCACUAGGGAGAAGGCUUGGUCUCUUGCUGCCUUGUUUCUAGAAAAAAUACGUGGCUCAGAUGACUUUCUGUGGAAAGCGGAGGUGAGGGAGCUCGAUGUGGGCACUCGCACAGAGAGCAGCCUGGCCCUCCCACAGGACACCAGCAGCCUCGGGACUCCCAUCCAGCUGCCUGGGGCGGUGCAGCAGUUCAACACGCUCAUCCGUCGUCAGAUUUCUAACGACUUCCGAGACCUGCCAACCCUCUUCAUCCAUGGGGUGGAGGCCUGCGUGAUGUCCCUGACCAUCGGGUUCCUCUAUUAUGGCCACGGGGCCAACAAGCUCUCCUUCAUGGAAACGGCGGCCCUCUUGUUCAUGAUUGGAGCUCUCAUCCCCUUCAACGUGAUCCUGGAUGUCACCUCCAAAUGUUACUCGGAGAGGGCAAUGCUUUACUAUGAACUGGAAGACGGGCUGUACACCACUGGUCCAUAUUUCUUUGCCAAGAUCCUAGGGGAGCUCCCAGAGCACUGCGUCUACACCAUCAUCUAUGGGAUGCCCACCUACUGGCUGGCCAACCUUCAGCCGAGCCCCGAGCCCUUCGUGCUGCACUUCCUGCUGCUGUGGCUGGUGGUCUUCUGCUGCAGGCUCAUGGCCCUGGCCAGCUCGGCCAUGUUCCCCACCUUAUAUAUGGCCUCCUUCUUUGGCAAUGCUAUUUACAACUCCUUCUACCUCACCGGGGGCUUCAUGAUAAGCUUGAACAACCUGUGGACAGUGCCUGCGUGGAUUUCCAAAGUGUCCUUCCUGCGAUGGUGCUUCGAAGGGCUGAUGAUGAUUCAGUUCAGCGGGCGCCGUUACAGCACGCAGCUGGGCAACGACACCGUCUGGGUCCCGGGAGAUGUGAUCCUCAGUGCUCUGGACCUGAACUCGUACCCGCUCUCGGCCAUCUACUUCAUCAUCAUUGGCAUCGGUGGUGGCUUCACGUUCCUGUACUAUGUAUCUUUAAGGUUUAUCAAACAGAAAUCAAGUCAGGACUGGUGAUGCACGCCCAGGCUCCUCCCCGCUGGUGCGGGACUAAAGCGGACCCUUCAACUGCACUCCCUUCCCCCCCACCCCAAGCCCCUUCCUGGGGACAAUGCUAACAGAUGCCGGCUACAUCCGCCCCACGGUGCUGCAGUGGCAGAGACCGGCCACAGGAUGGCAGUAGAAUAAAGAUAGUCAAAAGGCAUUUCUGAUCUUUGGCAGGAGAUUGCGAUUCCUGGGAGCGAGAACUCCUGUACUUGGUGGCACCUACAACGUUGCUAAUUUAUUUCCUUUUGAUGUGUAUUUAUAUGGGCAACUCAGUACAGGAUGGGAGCAAAUUAGGAAUGAGCUGAGUAGCUAGGCUAUACAGGAAUUGCUAGAACCCAGAGGAAACAAUAACAUAAUAGCUAGCAAAAGACUUGGUCUCCUCUUCCUGGGCCCCAAACUCUGUGAUAAACCACUUUCAACACAUAAAGUGAUCUAAAACAUAACAGUGAGAUGCCAUCCUUCUUUUUGUGUGGGGUCAUAAGCUCCAAAAGCCAAAGUGAACAACUAAAAAUUUAUUGAACAUCUA